CACGAAUUUCAGCACGGCCAAGGCGAAAGCACGGGCUUGAUCCGUUCUCUGCAGGAACCGCAAGCUUACGGAAGUAUUUGCAGCUGUCAAAUCGUACAUUACCCCCCAAGUUUCCUGCUCGAGUCUGAUCUCGUUUGGUGGCUUGUACUACUUUGGCAUUUCUGAGUCGACCAACUUCCACCAAAUUUUGUUCUUCUCCAAGGAUGGAUCAACUUCAGAGUCGGGUCGAGAAAGCAGACCUGCAGGAUUUGAUUGAUAUAUGCGAGCAACUUUCUGAGGAAUGUAGGGGUAUCUCUAAUUGUCUCAAUACCAGCCCAGUUACUUUGGCUUCGCUCGCCAAGGAGUGUCGCGCGAUCACAAAUGCGCUUGACAGGUUACACGAACUCAGCCGGUCGAUUGAAGGUGGCACAGAAAAUGUUCGGGCAUCAAACAACGAAUUCGUCUAUUCCGUUUCGAAGGAUGUGCAUGAGCUGAGGGCAGCAUUGAAACGCAUAAAGGGUCCAGAUAGGGACAGCGGCAUUCACCUCAGCGAACCACAGCUUAUCAUCGUCUGGAACGAAGCAGCAUUGAAAGAGUACCUUGCGCGGCUGCGCACUCACCAAGCGUCUCUCCAUACUCUCCUUAAUGCUGCGACGCGGCAAGUAACCUUCUUUUCUAAGUGCGCUGGUUCAAGGCUAACUCUUAGUAGUGCCGGUUAUAACUUUGGGGAAAAUGACAACAGGAGGCGCGUGAUUGAGCCAGAUAUUGGAGUAGAUGAGGCACUACGGAGCCUUGCUCGAAAGUUCACAGCGCCAAACCAACAAUCUGUCGUGUUACCUAGAGUCAGUGACUCUGCCGAGAUUCAGAUCCUACUUGAUACACUUGUACCACCACCAGGAGUCAAUUACGUGCGAACCAAAGAUGCCGCAAAUGAGCUGCACAACGCCAUUGAACGGAGCGAUGAGACAGCUGUCUUUCAUAUCCUUCUCGAACGCGCAGACCCCAACAUAAUGUUGGCUGGUUCAAUGCUCUCCCCACUGCAUCGCGCUUUCGACAAAGGCCAUAUGCUGAUCGCUGCUUUUCUCAUCGUCGCUGGUGCAGAUGUUGACGAGCCAACUACUGAUGGUCAUACAGCAUUGAUGAGGGGGAUCAGAUGCGGGUUUUCGGAACAAUUUGCGACUCUUGUGAUUCACAUGAAAGCCCGCGUCAAUGCGAUCGAUAACGAUGGGUGCUCGGCUCUACACCUCUCGGCCGCUUCAGAUGUCAUCGACGAUGAAACGCUCCCAGUUCUCAUCGAUGCAGGCGCCGAUAUCAACCUGGUCGAUUAUAAUGGCCAGACACCACUUCUCGUGGCGAUUCAGCAUAGCCGCUGGUCUGCGGCGACAAAGCUCGUACAAGCUGGUGCAGAUCUAGAGGUGCGAUUACCAGAUGGAAAGACAGCCCUCCACAUGGCUGUCGCAAUGCGCAACCAAGAGUUCUCCCAAGUGUUGAUAUCUCGAGGAGCAAACGUUGAUCGCGUACUCCGCGAGCAUACUCCCCUCACAAUGGCCAUCAACUCUCGCUGCACAGCUAUCACUGCUGUUCUUCUAGAUAGCGGUGCAGACCCUAAUCUGCCCAGCCGCAACGGAAACACACCUUUACUGGCAGCAGCAUCCACAGGACAUGACGAAACCGUGCGAUAUCUCAUCGCCCAUGGAGCCGAUCCAGCAGCCACUCAAGGACACUCUGGAUACUCAGCGAUGCAUAUGGCGGCCCACAAGGACAAACCUCACAUUCUGCAGCUGUUGUCUGAUGCAGGCGCACCUGUUGAUAUCUUGGAUAAGACAGGCGAAACUCCUCUCCUCGUGGCAGCCAAGCUUGGCAAUGCGCAAAGCAUCUUUCGCUUGAUCAGACUCGGUGCUGAUGUCGAGCGAGUAGGACCGGACGGGAUGAGCAUUCUUUCUCACGCAGUCAAGAUGGGCGAUGUUGACCUUGUCACGGCACUCCUAGAGCUGGGGGCGGGUAUGCAGGUGUCAUCCAUGUUCCCUUCGAAGGGCAGUAAGGAAUAUCUGGUACCUGAGCCACAGACAACACCGAUUCACGUUGCCGCUCAGCACGCACGAGACGAGAUCUUACUGCGGCUUGUAUCCUAUGGUGCCUCUCUCGAGAGCACCAUCUUCCCUGGUCGGACACCUCUCUCCGUUGCUGCAUCUCAUGGGCACAUCUCGACAGUCCGGUUACUUCUUCGACUCGGUGCAAAUACGCACGCUCUAACAACACAUGGUGAUACAAUUCUUUUCCAGGCAUCGGCAAACCAAGCAACACUCAAGCUCUUGCUACAGCAGGGAAUUGACGUGAAUCAUCAGAACGAUCGGGGCGCUACAGCCCUUCACUACGCGGCUCUUCGCGGGCACAUCGGGGGUGUGAGGAUGUUGCUUGAGAAGGGUGCUCGACAGUACCACGCAAACGCGGUGUGGGAUGCCUGGGAGGACAGAGACGGAACUGGAGGUUAUCGACAGGGCACACCAGCUGGCAUGGCUAUGCAAAGAGGUCUGGAUAAGGUCGCGGAGUUAAUCGAGGGAUGGAAGUAUAACUGACUUUGGUGUAAUACUUGGCGAUAAGGUUAUGAUUUAAUGGAUGGAGUAAUGGCUGGACGGCGGAACUGUAUAUCCUCUGUAUGUAAUAUGGGUUCGGGUUUGGGCUUGAUGAGAUACCACAAAAGAAUUGUUAUAAUUUGGCGAGAUAUUAUUCAUGUUUGGUGUUUGCUCGUAUCAUGCAUUAUAACUGCUUGCAUGAACAGUGAAUUAAAG